AUGAGUAGUAGUUCUAACAGUGCUGCUAACUUGGCCGCUUUAGCAGCGUUCAAUGCAGGCAAAAAGAAGGACGGUGGUAACAACCAACUGCCAUCUUCGGGAUACAAUGCCUCAAAAUACCAACUACAGCAAACACAGCCUAAAAGACAUCCAAGUACACAGAAAGUGGCUCCCACUACUAAAUUGCAGGUAAACACAUCUCCAGAUGCAUCCACAACACUUCAACCAGCUUACGCUCCUAUGCGGCCCCUUCAGGCCAAUGAUCUUACACCAACACGUGAAGAUAAAGACGUCAAUACCCCUGACUACUUUGCACACACACCACGUCAAACUUCACGACAGAAUUCCAUCAAACUGCCUUACUACCUGCCGAUUCUACUGCCACUGUCACCACGAGAUAUGAUUAGCAAUGUCAAGAAUUCGAUCGACUCAAAGGCUAUUGUCAAUGAUGUGAAUGCCAAACGCUUGUCGCUGGAUUAUUCACCCCAGGAGAUGUUGAAGAGCUUGAAAGACUCAUUGAAUAGAAAAUCGCAUUCGCAAUCUGGUCCAAAGACGAUGGAUGCUAGGGGUAGAACAAUUCUAGAUGGUGUUAGGGAGAGGAUCGAUGACAACAUGAGAGAGACAUCGAAUAACUUAGCCAAUCUUAGUUUGAAACAAUACGAAUGGCUGAAGACUCACUCCGAUGCAGAUGUAGGCAAUUAUCGAAGAAGAAACGAUUCGCAGACAUCAUUGGGAACAAGUGCCACUGAUGUAGAUCCAGUGUUUAAAACGAGACGCCAACUGUCACCUAGUAACACGCCUGGAGUGCGAAUAGAUGUGACUGAUCAUGAUGCAGAGAUGGGCGAGAAACAGAAUAACGACGCCAAUGACGCCACUAUCAAAGUUCCAGUAACAAUUCCUGAACCUGAUCGGUUGUCCCUCGCCGAUUCGACUUCUCAUUUUCCUGUUACAAAUAGAGGCACACGCAGAAAACCCCCUCCUCCCACCUCGUCCGACGAAGAACGUGAUCCAAUGUCUCGACAUUCAACUUCAGACACGGACAACAAUAAGGAUGACAUGUAUUUUGAUCUGAGUGAUGGCUUCUCAGGAGAUGAAUUGAGGAAGCAGAUGCAAUUGAAGGGGAUGUCGAUGGAUACGUUCUCAAGUGGAGAAGUGAUGCUACCUCCUGAGGAUGACAUGGUUUCAUUUACCGAAAAUGAUGAACCUGAUCCUGUAGCUAAAGUCAAGGAUACCAAAUUUCCUCAAUUCCCCGAUGUGAGGAAGCAUCACCAACACUUGUUCGGAACGAGGCGUCAUAGAUUGAAAGAGGGUGACAAGUAUAACCGAUUUGAGUCAGGUGCCUACUCUGAUGAUGAUGAGUUGCUGGAGUCACCUACACAAACAACUCCAGCAGUGCCACUUCCACAACAACAACUCCAGGGUCAAGGUCACAGCAAUACAUCCAAGAGCAAUCUGCUGCUGCUGCAACAACAGCAACCAGUGCAAUUCAAAACUACAAUGAGAAAGACCAAUAAACGUAAAGACCGCAAAACUAAAUUUGAUGAAUUGAAGCCGUGGAAAACUCACGAGGAGUUGAAUUUCCCGACUGAGCAAGAGCGAAAGAGGUAUGAGGGGGUCUGGGUGAGUAACAAAGGAUUGUACAUGAAUUUAGUCGUGACAAAGUUGACUGGCGUGGAUUCAAGUGAGACACGUGUCCAACAGCAUGACGAUUCCAUGAAGGCGGCGUUAAUAUCUACAAACGAUAUCCAACCGGAUAAGGGUGAGGAAAAUGGCUCUAAUCGGAAAAGUAAUGGUACUGGUACUGGAGCUGGGGCUGGGGCUGGGGCUGGCGGUACCUCACACGAGAGCGAAGAACCACCAAUCUCCAAAGCUGAGGAAGCAACUAACAAGCUACACAGCUUGAAAAAUGCCGAUGUGAAUCAAUUAAUCCUUGGAGCAGUCGUAAAGAGGAUCUGGAAUCGAAGUCGAUUGCCUAGUGACGUAUUAGAGCAAAUUUGGAAUUUGGUUGACUUUCGUCGUGAUGGAUCUUUGAACAAGAAUGAGUUUCUAGUUGGUAUGUGGCUUGUUGACCAGUGUCUUUAUGGACGUAAGUUGCCAAAGAAAAUUGAACCUGUUGUUUGGGAUAGUCUUGGUGGGAUUGGAGUUAAUGUGAAUUUGAAUUCGAGGAGAUGGAAGUAG